UUUGUUUUCGUAGAACUGAAAAAAAUAUCAACCCCGUAUUUGAUGAGAAAAAGAAUGCAACCUAUAAAUAUCAUCACUAUUAGCCUAGGCAUCAUACAAUAACGGAGCGAAGAAUUAACAGAACGAUAGAGCGAUGGGUAGAGUGAUGGAAGUAAAAGGCAAACCUCAAGCUGACGGUGAAUGGUCCACCGGUUUCUGCGGUUGCUGCUCGGAUUGCUCCAGCUGUUGUUUGACAUGUUGGUGUCCUUGCAUUACCGUUGGCCGAAUCGCAGAGAUAGUAGACCAGGGUUCCUCUUCAUGCUGUGCGACUGGUGCGGUGUACAUGCUAUCGAUGUAUACAGUCUUUGGAAGUGCCUGCAUCUCGUGCAAAUACCGAACUAAAAUGAGAAAACAAUACAAUCUCAAGGGUAGCGAAUGUGGAGAUUAUCUCAAACAUUUCUUCUGUGAACUUUGUGCCUUAACUCAAACCUAUCGCGAGCUCACCAAGCGCGGUUUUGAUGUACCCCUCGGGUGGGACGGAAACGUUGCACGUCACAAUGCCGGCGUUGCAAUGGGUGCCCCGGUUGUGGAGGGCGGCAUGAGGAGAUGAAUUGUAUUUGCAGAACUUUUAUAUUUUGUUUUCCUCUCUGAAUUUUCUUUUCAUGAUAUUGAUGUCUUCAAAACAAAUGUGGUUAUUCUGUUUGUGUUUUUUUUUUCUCCUUUCACUCUUGUGUUUGUACGGAUUUGUAAAAGUUUAUAUAGUAUGUGUCAUGUGUGUGUAUAACUGUGGAUAUAUAAAGGUUUUAUUUAAUAAUUCUUCAUG